CUGGAGUAUGAGACGGACUUUCGGGAGGAAGAGGCGGCGAUCGUGACAGUGUGACACAGAAUGACGCGGCCGUCUGCAGACACCUAGCGGUAUCUCUCAGAAAUGGCGAUGAAGCAGUGGGUGCGCCGGCUGCAGCCGCUGGCGCUGUACGCGAUGCUGGCGGCCACGGUGGUCUUCCUGGUGCUGCAGCUGGUGCUGGCGCACGCCACGCACGCCCUCACCCUGCUGGUCGACGCCUACCACAUGCUCUGCAACCUGGUCGCCCUCGCCGGCUGCAUCAUCACCAUCAAGUACAGCAGCGAGGAGCACGAGCACGACCAAGAGGAGGAGGUGGAGGGGCAGGUGGAGAUGGAGGACGCCAAGGGUGAUGGCGGCGUCGGCGGCGGCCCACCUCCUGGGGAGGCGUGUACACAGGUGGAGGAGCAGCGGCGGCUGCAGCGAGCGAGCGCCCGCGGGCAGCGCCGGCUGAAGAACACGUUCGGCUGGGCGCGCAUCGACGUGCUGGCGCAGCUGGUGGUGUGCGUGCUGCUCGCGUCCUUCUGCUUCUCGCUGGUGGUGGAGGCGGUGCAGACGCUGGUGCACAUCGGCCACCAGGAUGAGAUGCACCACCCGCUUCUGGUGCUCGCCAUGGGCGCCGCGGGCCUGCUGCUCAACGGCCUCUGCUACCUGCUCAUCGGCGGGUAUACGUUCCACCAGGCGAGCUUCCUGCAGGUGACGCCGAGCGGCGACGUGGUUCUGGCGCACGCCGUGACGCGGCGCUCGGUGCAGCAGGGCCGCCGCCGGCUGUCGUCGCAGGCUCGCCAACCUCCGCUGCCGCCGCCACAGCAGCAGCCCAGGCAGGGGCCGCGGGAGAUGUGCCGCGACACGCUGGGUUCCAUAUUGGUAAUAAUCUGUGCAGUCAUUGUGUACUUCACAGAUGUGUAUGUAGCCAAGUUUGUGGAUCCUGUCUUGUCUAUCAUCUCGGCAGUGUCCCUUCUAGUGCUAAGUUACCCAUACAUGAAGGAGUCAGGAUUGAUCCUUCUUCAGACAAUACCAGAUACGAUCAACAUAGACUCAUUCAGAGUAGAGCUCAUACGAGAGUUCCCUGACAUCAUAAAUGUGCAUGACCUGCAUGUGUGGAGACUGACACCAAGCAAGGUGUUUUGCACAGCACAUAUAAUUUUUCUUAAUCCAAAGGAUUAUGCGAAGAAAUCUCAAAAAAUAAUUGACUUCUUUGAAGAACAAGGGAUAACUCAAGUGACGAUCCAACCAGAAUUUUUUGAGACUGACAAUGACACCAACAUUAUUGCACUGCCAAGCAUUGAAGAGAAAAGCUGCCUGGUACAGUGUCGUGGCCAGGGCUGCAUCGAGAGACACUGCUGCCUCAAGUUGGUGCCUGGCGUCUCUGUGGACCCCGCCUGCAAACAACUGCCCCAGAAGGGUACCCCAGACAAGGAGUGCAUUAAGAUCUCCUCACACAGUGUCGCGGAGAGUACAACAACACUUCCCUCUGAUGACAUUUCAGAGAAAACAGAAACUGACGAAGAGCAUAACGCUUGUCAGUCAGCUGGGAGGCAAACACCAGAUGAAGAAGAACAAGUUUCUGCAGCAGACGAAACCCAAGUGCCAACUAUAAAUGAAUCUUCUCUCACUUCAGAAGUGGUUAAAGACUUAUCUCAGAAUAGUGACAAACAUGAAAGUGAAGACCCACAAAAGGAAUGUUUGUGACAAAAGCUUCUCACUGAUGCCUCAGUGGGAAAAAGUGAAGAUUCUGCUCUAGGCUAUUGACAGUCCUGGGCCCAAAUACCAGCCAAACAAGUCCAAAGAAAUUUUUCACACAACUAUGUUCCUGAUAAAAUGUUCAUCCUGUGUUACCUUUAGCUUUAUGUCUUUUAAGACAGCAGUGUUGAUGUGUGGUGUUAAAUGUUUGUGGCAAAUGAAAGUGUGUGUGCAAUUUGGCUGAUCUAAUGUGAAAGAAAAUAGAGAUUUUGAUCUCCAGAUAUUGGUAGAGUGUCAUAUGAAAUAGUGGGUUUUUUUGCCAAAGAUGUGUACUGACAAAUAUAUUUUACUAGUAUGUACAUAUGAACCAGAAAGUUCAUUUAUUUUAUAAACAAAUUAAAUAAAUAUGGAUACUGUAAAAAGUGUUGCUUUUGUAUAUGUUGUGAGAUUUUUUUUUUAUUAUAAGACUGUUUGCAACAUUGUAAUUGUUAUUGUUGUAAUUGUCAUUACUGUACAAAU